UUUGUGUCUUUGACUUGGACUUUCCAGCUAAAGAAAAGUGAAAUGAAACAACGAAAAACCUUCAAUAAUUAAUAGCUAUCUCCUUCCCUUUCUCAACCCAGACUAUCUUCAUCCCUCCUUGAGCUGAGUUUAAUAAACCUCUCAGCCUGCUCCUCCUCGGCAUGGGCGUAUCCCACCACCAUCGCCAACACACAGCUGCUGCCUUGGCCUUUCUCUUAUUUGCUUCUGUCAUUACUCUUUCUCGAUUCGGCAGCGGGUUCCAGGAGAGGGAAGGAAGUAAGAAGAGAAGCGGGUCAGGGGAGUUAGAUCGGUUCAUUGCUCAGAAACGACUCAGUGGACCUGGUUCUUCACCACCUUCCUGUAGAUCCAAGUGUGGAAACUGCUCACCUUGUAAACCAGUUCACGUUCCAAUUCAACCAGGGUUUAGUAUGCCACUUGAGUACUACCCCGAAGCUUGGCGUUGCAAGUGUGGCAACAAGCUUUUCAUGCCCUAAAAGAAAAGAAGAAAGCAAAAUAGCAGAUAGUAUACUAAAACUCUUAAGAUCUUCUGUCAAAGUAACAAUUGUUAUUACCACUUGUUAUAUAUUAUUGCUAUUUUGGCAACAUUGUUGGUUCUUUUCUAUGCUUACAUAAUGAUUUUGCAUUUCCUGUGAGAGAAAUGAAAGCCAUGGGAGUGCAAGUUAUAUUUAGGUGAGAUUACCAAGAGAUCUCUCUCUCAAUUUUCUUUUUAGUUCUUCAUCUUUCUCUUUUGCUUAUUAUCUUUUCUUCCUCCUUUUUCAUUUUUUCUGACUUUUUCACUUGUAUUGAAGCAAAGUUUGAAUAAGACAGAUCGAAAAGACUGUAAUUAAGAUCAUGAUUUUAUGAAAUAUAGAAGCUGUUUAAUGUUAA